CCUUUCAGCUGUCAUGCGUUGUUUACCUAUUCAGAGUUGUGAUUUCAAUCAUAUACAGCGUGUUGUGUUUCUCCCUUUGUGUUGUUUCCUCUCUCUCCAGGCCCCGGCGCCUCCCCCUUUCCCCUUUCCCUUGUGGUGAGAAGGCGUUGAGACGAUGUUUUAUGCCCACUUUGUGCUCAGCAAACGUGGGCCGCUGGCCAAAAUCUGGCUGGCGGCCCACUGGGACAAGAAGUUGACCAAGGCACACGUGUUUGAGUGCAAUCUGGAGAGCAGCGUGGAGAGCAUCAUCUCACCCAAGGUGAAAAUGGCUUUACGAACAUCGGGGCAUCUGCUGCUGGGGGUGGUGAGGAUCUACCACAGGAAGGCCAAGUACCUGCUGGCAGACUGUAACGAGGCCUUCAUCAAGAUCAAGAUGGCGUUUAGACCAGGUGUUGUGGAUCUUCCAGAGGAGAACAGAGAAGCAGCCUACAACGCGAUCACGCUGCCUGAGGAGUUCCAUGAUUUUGAUCAGCCACUACCAGACCUGGAUGAUAUUGACGUUGCUCAGCAGUUCAACUUGAACCAGAGCAGAGUGGAGGAGAUCACCAUGAGAGAGGAAGUUGGAAACCUCAACCUGCUGCAGGACAAUGACUUUGCUGACUUUGGUAUGGACGACCGGGAGAUGAUGCGGGAGGAGAGUGCGUUUGAGGUGGACAUCAUGGGAGCGUCAGCUUCCAACCUGCUGCUGGAGGCUGAGGGUGGAACCAACCAGAUGGCUGACAAGUCCAACCAUCUAGAGUACGAUGACCAGUACAAGGACGAUUUUGGAGACAACCCCAUGGAGAGCAAUGAGGGAGGCAUGCUAGUGGACAAGCUGCUGAGUAACGAGGAUGGAGGCGGCAUCUUUGACGACCCUCCCGCCAUCACAGAGAGUGUGAUGAUGCCUCAGGACCACGGAGAUGAUGACGACGACUUUGACGCUCUCUCAGCGGGAGCCCCAGAUAGUCCAGACUCAGGCCCAACUGAGCCCCUGCCGGCCAUGGCCGACCAGGCAGAACAAACCACCCUGGUUCACAAUGAGGAAGAAACCUUCGCCCUGGAGCCAAUUGACAUCACAGUGAAGGAGACCAAGGCGAAGCGUAAGAGGAAGCUGAUUGUAGACAGCGUGAAGGAGUUGGACAGUAAAACCAUCCGUGCACAGCUGUCUGAUUACUCUGACAUUGUCACCACACUGGACCUGGCACCUCCUACCAAGAAGCUGAUGAUGUGGAAGGAGACCGGAGGAGUCGAGAAGCUUUUCUCUCUUCCCGCUCAGCCUCUCUGGAAUGCUAGGCUGAUUAAGAUGUUUACAAGGUGUCUGACUCCACUGGUACCAGACGAGCUUAGGAAGAGGAGGAAAGGUGGAGAGGCUGACAGUCUGGAUGAGUUCCUCAAGGAUCUGGAGAACCCGGAGGUGCCCAGAGAGGAAACAACAGGGCACCAGCAGAGAGACAUCAUGGAUCAGACCAUCAUGGAAGAGGCCAGUGUUCUGCAGACUUCAGCUGUGGAAGGCAGCCGGACGACGCUGGAUGAGUCGGUCAUGCCCCCUCCAUCCUCCCAACAUGGGCUCAAACGCAAAGCCCAGGACACAGAACCAGCCCUGCCCAUGGGAGCUUUGGACCAGCAACAACAGCAACAACUGCAACAACAGCAACAGGGGCCCCAGCAGCUGGAGCCUUCCCAUGUGGAUCUGCCCCAAGAAGAAACCACCAACAUCAGCCAGCUGAUAGAGUUGGACCUGCUUGGCGACAAGGACAAGAGGAAGAAUGAUGACGACUCUGAUGAAGAUGAGGAGGAGGCGCAGGGAGGAGACCAGGACCAGGAGGAGAGGAGGUGGAACAAAAGAACCCAGCAGAUGCUCCAUGGCCUCCAGAGGGUGAUGGCCAAAACAGGCGCCCAGUCGGUCAGCCUGCUGGAUCUGUGCAGGAACAACAACAAGAAGCAGGCAGCAGCAAAGUUCUACAGCUUCCUGGUUCUGAAGAAGCAGCAGGCGGUGGAGCUCGUCCAGGAGGAGCCAUACAGCGACAUCAUUGCUACACCCGGACCUCGCUUCCACAUCAUCUAGAAAACACAACUUUACAGUCUGAAAAAAACUCUGCAACACAGCACUGUCUGUUAAUUUAACAAACAUUUUAUUUAUUCAUUUGAGUUUGUUGACUUGUUUUGUGUAUGAUGUGGAGUUUUACCUUCUGUCUGCAAUAUUUUAAUGUCAAGCAGUGGUGGGAGCAAACAGGGUCUGAAUAACAUGGUUGGUUUAUUGAGGUCUCUUCUUGAAAAAUUCCACAUAGCGAGGUGGAUAGCAA